AUGGCGCUAAAGACGGGGAUCGUCGGGCUCCCCAACGUCGGGAAGUCGACGCUAUUCAACGCUAUCAUGGAGGAGACGAACGCCGAGGCCGCCAACUACCCGUUUUGCACGAUCGAGCCCAACGUCGGCGUGGUCGACGUUCCGGACGAGCGGCUAAAGGUGCUGUCAGACAUCAACAAGUCGCAGAAGACGGUGCCGACGACGCUCUCCUUUGUCGACAUCGCGGGCCUCGUCGCGGGCGCCUCCAAGGGCGAGGGCCUCGGCAACCAGUUCCUCGCCAACAUCCGCGAGUGCGACGCGAUUGUGCACGUGGUGCGGUGCUUUAUCGACGACGACAUCGUGCACGUCUCGGGCUCGGUGGACCCGCUGCGCGACAUUGAGGUGAUCACGCUCGAGCUCGUGCUGGCGGAUCUCGCUCAGGUGGAGCGGCGCCUCGAGCGGGUGCGCAAGGACGCAAAGAGCAAAAAGGAGGGCGCCGCCGAGGAGCUGGAGGCGCUCGAGGCUCUGCUGCCGCUGCUAGACGCUGGCACGCCCGCGCGCAAGGCCGAGCUCGACAACAAACAGUGGGCGCGUGUCAAGGGGCUCGGGCUGCUCUCUGCCAAGCCCGUCAUCUACCCGGCAAACGUGGCCGACGCAGAGCUGGCCGACGGGAACGAGAUGGUCGAAAAGGUGCGCGCCCUCGCGGCGGCGGAGGGGGCGUCCACGGUCGUUGUGUCGGCCCAGGGGGAGGCGGAACUGGGGGAACUGGACGGCGAGGAGCGGCAGACCUUCCUCGAGGAGCUCGGCGUCGAGAAGGGCGAGACGGGGCUCGAGAAGCUGAUCCGCGAGGCGUACAAGCUGCUGCGGCUGCGCACGUACUUCACCAGCGGCGAGACGGAGACGCGGGCGUGGACGAUCCGCGCGGGCGACAAGGCGCCGCAGGCCGCGGGCGUGAUCCACUCCGACUUUGAGAAGGGUUUCAUCCGCGCGGAGACGAUCGCGUACAGAGACUACGUGGAGUGUGGCUCCGAGAAGGUGGCCAAGGAGAGCGGCAAGCUGCGGGCCGAGGGCAAGGACUACGUGGUGGCCGAGGGCGACGUGGUGCACUUCCUCACUAAUAAAUGA